ACCAAUAGCACAGAGGAGAAGAGAACAAGAAAGUGACCACAACUCCCCAGAAGGAGGGCACCUUCCUACAAUCCGAGCACAAGGCAGCCAAGAUGUCGAGCCAGGAUUAAAGUGAAUGCUAAAAGAAGACUUUUUAUUAUUAUUUUGCGUGGGUAGGUGGGGGGCUGGGAGGAUGGAUCCUCUGUCAUUUUCCCAACCCCCCUUAAGUCCGGCAACAGCUGCCACGGGAUAGAGAAAAGAGUUUGACAGUGAAUUCUCUUGUCUUGGAUGCUCUUGGGUAUUAGAUUUUUUUUUUAAUAGAGACUAUAUACAUAUAUAUGUACAUUUCUCCCCAGAGGAAGGAAAAACGUUGGAUAUUCUUGUUUUCCCUUUUUGCUUGUUUCCAAAGAUUUCUGUUCUCGUUGUUACAAUGGAGAGGUGGAUUCUCUACCUAAGGGAUGGCACAGCCCAAAUCUUGUGGAAAGAGAAGGAAGAUCUAAGGAUCCCUACUUGCUUGGGACUUACAGGAAAGAUUUGGGAUUUGGUGGGAUCCAUGCAGUGAGAGCAGACCUGCACCCUGGAUGUUGUUGCUGUUGUUGUUAUGUGCCUUCAAGUCGAUUACAACUUAUGGUGACCCUAUGAAUCGGUGACCUCCAAGAGCAUCUGUCGUGAACCGCCCUGUUCAGAUCUUAGCCUCUACUUGGUUAGAACUGGCUACAGCCCUGCAGAAUCUGAGAGCAUCUCCCUUUUUCCCAUAGAAGCAAUAUUUGGAGGAAGGCGAGGGCAAGACCCCAAAGGAGUCCAGAGACCCUUUCACUCCACUGUUGCUCGACUCAGGGAUGAGCGCCGGCAGAGUCAACCCUUACAGCAUAGUAUCUUCUGAGGAAGACGGGUUGACCCUAACCACCAUGCCUGGAGUGAAUGGUUUUGGCAAUGGUAAGAUCCACACACGGAGGAAAUGCCGGAACCGGUUUGUUAAGAAGAAUGGACAAUGCAAUGUUGAGUUUACCAACAUGGAUGAUAAACCUCAGAGGUAUAUCGCAGAUAUGUUUACCACGUGUGUGGACAUCCGCUGGAGAUAUAUGUUGUUACUCUUCUCCCUUGCCUUUCUGGUGUCCUGGUUGUUGUUUGGUCUUGUUUUUUGGCUCAUAGCGCUCGUCCAUGGAGAUAUAGAGAAGCCAACCAAGGACGAAACCUUCACCCCUUGCCUCCUACAAGUGAAUGGCUUUGUGGCUGCUUUCCUCUUUUCCAUUGAGACGCAGACAACAAUAGGCUAUGGGUUCCGGUGUGUAACAGAGGAGUGUCCGCUCGCUGUUUUCAUGGUGGUCCUCCAGUCCAUCGUGGGGUGCAUCAUAGACUCUUUCAUGAUUGGUGCAAUCAUGGCAAAAAUGGCGAGACCCAAGAAGAGGGCUGAAACCUUACUCUUUAGCCAUCAUGCUGUCAUUGCCAUGAGGGAUGGUAAGCUUUGUCUGAUGUGGAGAGUGGGCAACCUGCGGAAAAGCCACAUUGUCGAAGCUCACGUCAGAGCGCAGCUAAUUAAGCCCAGGAUCACCGAAGAGGGAGAAUACAUCCCGCUUGACCAAAUAGACAUUGACGUUGGCUUUGAUAAAGGCUUGGACCGGAUUUUCCUGGUGUCCCCGCUCACUAUCCUUCAUGAGAUCAGUGAAGAGAGCCCACUAUUUGGGAUUAGCCGGCAGGAUCUGGAAACGGAUGACUUUGAAAUUGUGGUUAUCCUUGAGGGUAUGGUGGAAGCCACGGCCAUGACAACGCAAGCCCGGAGCUCGUACUUGUCCAGCGAGAUCCUAUGGGGCCAUCGCUUUGAGCCUGUAUUGUUUGAGGAGAAAUGCCAAUACAAGGUUGACUACUCCCACUUCCACAAGACCUAUGAGGUCCCAUCAACCCCCUGCUGCAGUGCCAAAGACUUGAUGGAAAACAAAUUCCUCCUCCCAAGCACCAACUCUUUCUGUUACGAGAAUGAGCUUGCCUUCAUGAGCCGUGAGGAGGAGGAGGAGGAGGAAGAUGAUGACAGUAGAGGUUUGGACGAUCCAAGCUCAGACAACCAGCCUGAAUUUGAUAGGCUCCAGGCUACCAUCGCUCUGGAUCAAAGGUCCUACAGAAGAGAAUCGGAAAUAUGACCCAGGCCCCCCAUAACUGAAUUUGAGGGUGUCUUCCCCUCUCUAGUCUUUCCCCACCUAAAAAAAAAACCCAACUCAAAUUAUGCAGAACAAUGCAAGUGCCAUAGGAAUGCCUGAGAAUUAGUAUGGUUUGUAGGGUGCUGUUUCUGUUGUUGUGGGUUCUUUUUUUUUUUAACAAAAGGUUUCAUUGCAAUAACCACUGAAUGGCCUGGGCUGAGAAACCACAGCCGGCCUCAAAGUGUUGUGAACAUCCAGUGUUAAUAAAGCUGUUGAUAGUACAUAUUGGAGGGCAGAUUCAAAAUGGCUGUGCCACAAAUAUAAAAAAGGGGAAAAAACCAACUGCCAUGAGUUCAGUGGUCUGUGCAGGAGUCAUGUGGCAUGCAGAGUGAGAUGUUCCCUGUAGAAAAUGAGGGCAUCUUUUUUAAAGCUAAACAUUCUAAAAUUCCAAAAGGAGAAAAUAUUAGGAAGCAAAAUCGUAUGUGUGUGUGUGUGUGUGUCUUUUUAAAAAACUGAACAAAUUCAUAUAUACAUAUAUACACACAGAGAGAGGGUGGUAUUCAGAGCUAGUCCUACUCAGAGUAAACCCAUUGAGGUUAAUAGACAUUGCUAACUUGGGUUCAUUAAUUUUAAAGGGUCUAAUCUAAGUAGGUUUUAGUUGAAUACAAUGCACUCCCUGGAGAUGUGAUUCUGUUGCACUAGGUCAACACUUGAAGUCCUACAAUCUACGGUACACCUUUUCUAUUGAGAGGAAAGAAAGGGAGGUUCUUUUCAAUCUUUUUGUUAAACUUCCCACUUAGGAAACUGUUUACCAAAAACUGUCUGUCCAUCUGUCUGUCUUAUUCUCAUUCUCUCAUUUUUUAAAAAUGUGAUUGCUUUUUAAAUGGGAAUGAAGUGGGUGAAGUUCAAAAUCAACAGGCAUGAAGAAGCCCCUUUUCUCUUUUUUAAAAAACACUUUCAUAUUUUUCUUUUAGAAAAAGCUUUCAGUUUUGUUAUCUGUGGGGACCUCAAAAAGGGAGGGAGACAAUCCACACAAAUUGUAGAAAGGAAAUGGACAUUACAAAUCAAGCAUGGGAGUCCGACUCCCAACCCUGUGCUUUAUUUAUCUUAUGAAGCUAACAAGGGGCAUGGGGAGAUAGUUGCAGGGAAGAAUCAGUUGGAGACAUGCUUAACUCUUCCUUGGGCUGUUAAAAUCAAAUGCCCCACCCAGUCCACCUUUAGUGAAGUCUGGUCUAUACAGGCAAAUGGGGCAUUGUCCCGCCAACCUUAGUCUGCCGUCAGCUAACCCCCACUUGCCUGCCUUCUUAUGUACAACCAGCCCAGGUGGUGGCACCGGUUGCCAGCUUCCUCCUCCUUAAGUAUCAAUGUUGCCCUUGUAGAUCUAAGCAGGAUGUGGACAAAAGCAGAAUCAUUUGGCUUUGUCUGUCAUUGGCUCAGGCACCGUCUAUUGUCAGCCUCUCUGCUUUCCACCCUACCACACCCAAUGGGCACCAGCCACCACAGCUUUGGGGGCAACCAUGACUGUGUUAGAGUGAUAUAAGAGUGCUUUAAAUUUGACCAAUAGAGGAAGAGAGAGCUUCUCUUUGUCAAUCUACCCAUCAAUGGGUACAAAUUAGGGGUGGGUGAGAAUUUCGAUUCAGUUCGCCUUUCAAGCAGAAUAUAUCAAAUUUGCACUUUCUGAAACAAUAUAAGAACCGAAACAUGGCCAUCCUUUGAAAUUCGCAUUUAUUAGAAUUUUGGGAUGCAGUUCACCAACUAAACAAUAAAAAUGCAUAUAUUAGUGGAAAGUGUGCAUAAAAAUGAAAAUAUGAGUGAAAAUAACAUGCAAAAAGGCAUAUAUGAUGAGAAAUUGCUUGCAAAGGUGUAUACCUUUGUCAGAACUGCUUACAAAAUGUGUUUAUUUGGAGAAAUUUGCACUAAAAUGGUGGAGAAUUUUCAUGAGGAUUUUUUUUAAAUCGCAGAUUGCUGCAGAAAUGCAGAGAACUGAAUUUAACAUUAGAAAAGUGAGAAACUGAGAGAACUGAAAUUGACAGAUCUUUCCAUCCCUAGUACAAAUACAUCCCACAGGCUACAAUAAUAAGUUUGUUGAGAGGUUUGUUUUGUGAUAUAUUGACUUCUUUCGUGUUCCCAGUAUUGCUCCUCAUAAACUAAAAGUUGCCCAGAUUUUCUAUUGGUGCUGUAAAGAAGUCUGUCAGUUGAUUUUUACUAGAAAUAUACCCAUUUGGUGCUAGCUAGCCAUGCCUCCAAUGUCAGUGCGCCCUCUGGUCAUGCCCAUUAUGCAUUGCAUGGAACAUAUGAAAGGGUCCCCAGUGCACGUUUCAGGGCUUCCUCCUGAUUAGGAACUACAUUUGCAUAGGGUUCCCAAUCCCAUGGAAGCAUCUGCACAUGUACAGAGGUACUUUAUUUUUAUUUAUUUUGGAAUUUUUAUGCUGCUUUCCAGAAUAAAAAACACCCUUAAGCUCAAGAUUGCAAUGAGCAUGAUUUUAAAACGUUUUUUAAAUGAUUAAACAGCUUGUAAAAUGUUAACUUUUUAACUUCCUGCAUUGAGCAGCGGGUUGGACUUGAUGGCCUUAUAGGCCCCUUCCAACUCUACUAUUCUAUGAUUCUAUGAACUGAAACACCAGUACAAAACAUGCCCUAGCCCACACUAACAGUCUGGAUGAAAGAAAUUAAACCAUUUAAAAUGAUUCAGAGAGCAACAACCAUUUAAAGCCUAGCCCAGCAUCUUUAACUAAGAGCAGAUAAAAAUAAAAAUAAUAUUUCAAGCCCAUUUAAAAGCAGAGGAAAGGGCCCAAAUGUGCAUCCCUUGGGUGGAAAUUCUAUAAAUAUAGGGUCACCACUGAACAGGUCCUAUCUGUUGUGCCCACCAAUCUUAAUUGAACUUGGUAGUGGGCCUACCGGCAUGGCUUCUGUGGCUUAGGGACCACUUUCAUGUAUCUAGCUGAACACAUGAACAUCAAGGGAUAUGGCCAGAAAGUGCCCAGAUGUUGGAAGCAUAACUAGCUGGCAUGGUCCCCUUCUCAUGCAUUCAGUGAACACAUAGAAAAAGGGAUGUCUGAAAAGUCCUACUACUAAAGAAACAUUAAGCUUAUGGCCUUUGGGAUUGACAAGUAGAAUUGCCAGCCCUUCAGCCGCCUCCGGUUGUUUUUAACAGGAGCUUGACUGGUAGAGAUUAGUAAUUUAUUAUAGACCCUGUUCAGACUUUCCUAAAUUUAUUACCUAGGAAGUUGCCUUAUACAUCACAUUCACACCAUACAUUUAUUCCACUAUUAUUCCACUUUAAACAGUCACGGCUUCCCCCAAAGAAUCCUGGAACAUAUAAUCUGUGAGGGGUGCUGAGAGUUGUUAGGAGAGCCUGAUUCCCCUCAUAGAGCUACAAUUCCCAGCAUUUCCUGGGAAGAGGGGUUGACUGUUAAACCACUCUGACGAUUGUACCUCUGUGAGGAGAAUAGAAGUCUCCUCUCAGCACCCUUCACAAACUACACUUCCCAGGAUUCUUUGGGGGAAGCCAUGAUGGUCUAAAAUGGAAUAAUAGUGAGAUAAAUUAUAUGGUGUGAAUAUGGUCAUAGCGAGUCAGACCAUUGGUCAAUCUAGCUAGGUAUUCUCUACCCCAGCCUUUCCCAACCAGUGUGCCUCCAGAUGUUGUUGGACCACA